GUUACGUCAGCACCUCAGGCAUACCUGAGGCGCCAUGUUGGAUGUGGUCCGCCUCCUCUUCCAGGCCGGGUGGGGCACUUUCUACUUUACCUGGGCCCGCAGUAGACGGGACGUAAUGGCGAGAUAGUUGGACUUCGCUGCGACUACGUCGACUUUACAGGUCUUUUUGCCUUUCAGUCCCCUGCAAUGAGCAAACCACCCCGUUCAACCCGGGGCCACAGGGAGAGAAACGGGGACCACCGUCACCCCCGUGAACCAGGCGAUGGCAACCGCUCCUCAGCUGACAGGACAUCUUCCCGACCGCCGUACUAUGACAGAGAUCCAGACCGUCAUCCCCAACGUGCGCGGGACGUACCGCAUGUUGAACAUAAUGACUCCAAAUGCACACACAUGUGCUCCAGGAGAGGUGUUGUUCUGAUCUGUUCUGUCCUGACCAAUGGCCUAGUCCUGAUCUGUGUGGUCGCCGCUCAGAUGGUGACGUCAGGCUUAUCUUCCAUGGGCGGACUUGGCAGCUUUGACAUCAACUCCAACUUUAACCUGCAGGGCACAGAGCUGCAGAAGGUGCGCGAGCUGGACAUGCAGUACAGCCAGAUGAGAGCUCCGGGCAUCUAUGGCGGCAUUGCAUUCAGCCUGACAAUGGGCGUGGUCUCGCUGCUCUUUGUGGUUGCAGGCAACAAGCCCCCCCACCAUAUGUCCCGUAAGCUUUUAUAUGGGGCGCUGGUGUUUCAGGCAGCGGGUGCCGUCGCCUAUGUGGUGGCCGUCGGUCUCUACCUGUACUUUGUCAUUGGUGUCAACGCCACUGAUGUUUGCGAGCAGCGUGAGCGGCUGUAUGCACGAAACGGGUACACCUGGAUGAACUGUGACGUCAGCGGGGCGGAUGCGGCCGUGGCUUUAUUUGGACUCAUCACAGCCAUCCUUUACACCGCCGGGACGGUGCUCACCAUCCAAACCAUCCGUAGGGUGAAUCAGUACUUGCAGGAACGUAAACGGCACGAGGUGGAGCGAGAGCAGCCCAGAUCCCAUCCACAGAGAGCCCCGCUAAGGGCUGAAACCACCUCUGUGUGACUGACACCUUUUGGGCACUUACUCUGUUCCCAGUGAGCUACAACAGUUUGUUAAUCUUUUUAUCAUUCAUGUUGUGGAACCAGUCAUUGUCUGAUUUACAGCCCUCAUUUGUCUUUUGUAAGCAUAUCAGGAUAUGUGGUUUUGUUUUUUUUAAUAACCAUAUUGUUUUUGUUAUUGUUCUCUUAAUUGCUACUUAAAAAUGCAAUCUGAGAAUGAAUCCAAUUUGAAUUUAUUAAUCAUACUUUAAAAUUCAAACUUGAAUAAUGUGAUGUGUAUUUCUAGUACAAAUGUAAGAAUUUUAAAGCUAUGUCUGGAAUCAACUUGAGAAUGGAUUCAUGUAGAGGUUAUUGUUAGUGGAAGCCGUGUUUAGGAAAAACCCUUUGCACAUAAUUUAAAGACCGUGAGGGGACACGACAGAAGUUGUGGUCACCCUGUUGUCUUUCAUAGGCUCCCUGGCAGCCUUGUCACACAUUCAUACAGGACACAUUAUACAGUCAACCCACAUAACAGAAGAAAUUCAGCAGAGUGAAGUACAAGUUCUAAAUGUAACCGUUUCACAAAACUCAUUCUUUGUAGAGCAAUGCAACAAUUGAAGAUAGAACGUGUAAUGUUUUGCAAGGUUUGUCUCACGUGAUUCGUUGCACUUUCCAAGAUAUUCAUCACGGCAAAACACUCCUGCAAGUUGUCUUUGUCAUCCUCAGGCCACAUUUACUGUACUGUACGUUUAAGUCUACUACUUUGUUUACAUUCUGAUCAUUAGUAUGAUAACUUCAGCAUUUAGUUGAAAGCUCUAGUUUGGGUGAUUCCUGCUUUCAACAACAACCGGGAAUCAUUUUCAUCCACGUGAGCUGCCUUCCAUAUAUGAUUUAUUAAAGGCAUCAUCAACCAACACAGUUAUCUGCAAACUCAAAUUUAUUUAGCAAAACUAACUUUCUUGUGCAGUUGAAAUAUGUAACAGUUCUGAUAACAUUCAAUGGGCUGGUUAGAACAGGAGGAUUCUCUUGUUCAACAUUCACUCAGCACACCUCAGGGGAACACAAAUGUGGAACAACAGCCUUCCGCAUAGUUUUUUUUCUCUCAGAGAACAUUAGCAUGGAUCGGUAACUCGGUCACUUUAAAGUAUUAAACUCCAAGGAGUUAACAUUUUACUAACGCUGACAACCGAGAGACCAAAAACCGACGGCCAGGAAGUUUGAAAAGAACACCGUGGUCCAUAUCGCAACGUACCAUAAAACAAAAUAAGUCAAAAUUCUACUUUAAAAAGCAUUUACAAUGUUUCUGAUUCUGAGAUCAACUUAAGUGUGAUAAAAAAAUUGCAUUGCAUUUUGUUGGGCACAGAGUUAACAGUAGAAAAGAGUAAAUAUAUAUUUUUUAAAGUCUCUGGUCCAUAAAAUCUGAACCCUCCGAGGAAGCAGUGCAAAUGAAUGCGGUAACAUACAUGACGAGAACGUGACGCACUGUGGCAGAGAGAAGGACUGCGCGACGCGAUUGGGCCGGAUCGUCGCAUAAAAAUAAAGAGCUGCCGACAUGACCCCGCGCAAUGAGCGCUUCAAUAUGUGGACACCCUGAACAGUGAGCCUGUAUGUUUCACAUUUUUGAAAUCACAAAAUCUAGAUUAAUAGUUAAAGAAGAGGCGGGUCAGACUAAAAGCGUGUGGAUAUUUUAUCGGGACAUUCGCUGACUUCCAUUCCUUUGAACGAACCCAGCGAGGUAUGUGCUGUUCACAUAUAUUUUGGUUACAAACAAGAUUUGCUUUUUCAUCCACAGGCACAUUAUGAAUAAAAUGAAGUAUUGCUUUAAAACAAUAUUUGAUGCGUUAUAUACUUCAAUUAUUUUGCUUGGGGCAGGGCGGA